AUGGAGAGACAGAAGAGAAAACAAGAAAUAGAGAAAGGACUUCAGUUCAUUCAGUCCACAUUGCCCCUAAGCCAAGAAGAUUAUGAGGCCUUUUUGCAGAAGCUGGUGAGAAACCUGUUUGCAGAGGGCAAUGAUCUGUUUCGAGAGAAGGAUUUCAAGCUUUCGCUGGUGCAGUAUGUAGAGGGGCUGAAUGUGGCAGAUUAUGCAGCUUCUGAUGAUGUGACCAUCCCAAAGGAACUCCUGUGCAAGCUGCAUGUCAACCGAGCUGCCUGCUACUUUGCCAUGGGGUUGUUUGAGAAGGCACUGGAAGACAGCGAGAAGGCUUUAAGUCUUGAUGAGGAAAACAUCCGAGCACUCUUCCGGAAAGCCCGCUGCUUAAAUGAACUUGGAAGACACAAAGAAGCAUAUGAGUGCAACAGCCGAUGUUUGCUGUCCCUCCCACACGAUGAAAGCGUCACGCAGCUGGGACAGGAGCUUGCCCAGAAGCUGGGACUGAGGGUUCGAAAAGCAUACAAAAGACCUCAGCAAGAAUUGGAAACGUUCUCACUACUCAGUAAUGGCACGUCAAUCAAUUCGUCGAACCAGACCACUUCCAAUGGAUUGGGUUCGAUAGAUGACAUUGAAACAGACUGCUCUAUGGACCUACAGUGCCUCCCAGCUCCUGUGGCCACCUCCGUCCCUGUGAGCGAGGAGCUGGCCCCUUUGCCCUCUGACUCGGAUGCAAAGGGCUUGCCUACCUCGCUCCCUGCUGCCAGCUUGGUCCCAUCUCCUGACUGUGUGUCCCUGCCAGUGCCUGAGAGCGUGGAGGACUUCACAGAUGGGGACAUAAUUGGGGAAGAACUGGACUCCCUCCUGGACUCCCUUGCCGAAGGGUCACCAUACCCUCUAUCUCUGGUCCAGGGCACGAUUCCUACCAACCUGCCAACAGAGAUGCCUCAGCUGAUCCCUGUGUUUCCUGGGGGAACUCCACUGCUGCCCCCAGUUGUUACAGCCAGCAUCCCUGUCUCCACCCCACUGCCACCUGCCUCCUUUGGUCUGGUGAUGGAUCCCACCAAGCAGCUCUCCUCCUCCUCCUCUGUCCUGGAUGCCUUUGAGGCCCCACCAGGAGGAAGUGACGGCUCCACCUUAGAUUCCCUGGAUUCCCUGGAUCUGUUUACAGACUCACGGCUUGAUGUCCUGGUCUCCUUUGGGACAAGCAGAGGGUCACUGGAUUCCUUUGGCAUUGAAACUAGCCCUCAGGAACUGCGACACCCACCUGGCAGCCAAAAACCCUCCCCCGUGGUCAGCCUUGGUGGAGCAAGUCACCCAGCAGUACCCAAGGUCACCGAGCACCUACAGUCCCAGCCGGAACCAGUAAUGCCCAACACAGCCCUGUUAGUGAAGAACCCCCUGGCAUCUACUCACGUCUUCAAACAAGCCUGUCAUAUCUGCUAUCCCAAAACAGGGCCCAAGGCUGGUGAUUACACCUACCGGGAAGGCUUGGAGCACAAGUGCAAGCGGGACAUCCUGCUGGGCAGGCUGAAGAACUCAGAAGACAAGACCUGGAAGAGGAUCCGUCCUCGCCCAACCAAAACCAAUUUUGUGGGAUCCUAUUACCUGUGCAAAGAUAUGCUUAACAAGCAGGACUGUAAGUACGGGGAUAACUGCACCUUCGCGUACCACCAGGAAGAGAUCGACGUGUGGACGGAGGAGAGGAAGGGGACCCUCAACCGUGACCUCCUCUUUGACCCGCUAGGGGGAAUCAAGCAGAGCAGCCUCACCAUUGCCAAGCUCCUCAAGGAACAUCAGGGCAUCUUUACCUUCCUCUGUGAGAUUUGCUUUGACAGCAAACCCCGGAUUAUCAGCAAAGGGACCAAGGACACACCAUCUGUCUGCUCCAACCUUUCUGCCAAACACAGUUUCCAUGACAACAAGUGUCUGGUCCACAUUGUGCGUUCCACCUCCCUGAAAUACUCCAAGAUCCGCCAGUUCCAGGAGCACUUCCAGUUCGACGUGUGCCGCCACGAGGUGCGCUACGGCUGCCUGCGCGAGGACAGCUGCCACUGCUCUCACAGUUUCAUCGAGCUCAAGGUUUGGCUGCUGCAGCAAUAUUCAGGAAUGACCCAUGAAGAUAUUGUGCAGGAAUCAAAGAAGUACUGGCAGCAAAUGGAGGCACAUGCCAGCAAACCAGCCAACAGCAUGGCUUCUGCUCGGACUCCCACAUCAAGUACCUUUGACCUUCAGAUGAAAUUUGUGUGUGGCCAGUGCUGGAGGAAUGGGCAGUUGGUGGAGCCAGAUAAAGACCUCAAGUACUGUAGUGCCAAAGCCCGCCACUGUUGGACAAAGGAACGUCGCGUCCUGCUGGUGAUGUCCAAAGCGAAGAAGAAGUGGGUGUCUGUCCGGCCACUGCCUUCCAUCCGCAACUUCCCACAGCAGUAUGAUUUGUGUAUCCAUGCACAAAAUGGCAGGAAAUGCCAGUAUGUGGGCAACUGCUCCUUUGCCCACAGCCCCGAGGAGAGAGACAUGUGGACCUUCAUGAAGGAAAAUAAAAUUCUAGAUAUGCAGCAGACCUAUGACAUGUGGCUGAAGAAACACAAUCCUGGGAAGCCUGGAGAGGGGACACCGCUCACCUCACGAGAAGGGGAGAAACAGAUCCAGAUGCCCACUGACUACGCUGACAUCAUGAUGGGCUACCACUGCUGGCUCUGCGGGAAGAACAGCAACAGCAAGAAGCAAUGGCAGCAGCACAUCCAGUCGGAGAAGCACAAGGAGAAGGUCUUCACCUCGGACAGUGACUCAAGCUGCUGGAGCUACCGCUUCCCCAUGGGUGAAUUCCGGCUCUGUGAAAGGUUCCAGAAGAGCAAGGCCUGCCCCGAAGGAGAGGAGUGCCGCUUUGCCCACGGCCAGGACGAGCUGACCGAGUGGCUCGACCGGAGGGAAGUGCUGAAACAGAAACUGGCCAAAGCCCGCAAGGACAUGCUGCUCUGCCCCAGGGACGACGACUUCGGGAAAUACAACUUCCUAUUGCGGGAUGGCGUGUAG